AUUGAUUCUCUGAAGAACAAGCUCUAUAACUAUCAAAUCGAGUCCGUGGCAAAGAUGUAUAUCAACGAGUCCGAUAGGCGGUAUAGUGAUAUGCCACAUAUACUGAGGUUGAAAGGCCAUAUCUCAACCUUUGAUACUUACUCUCUCACUUUCUCAAGAACCUCUGAGGUCUACAGGUCUCCAAGAGGUGGAAUACUUGCAGAAAAUAUGGGAUUGGGCAAAACACUCAUAUGCUUAGCCCUCAUAGCUUUGACGAGAGCUGAAACAUCCGUUCCACCAGAUAGUCAUCUAGUCAAAGCAUCAAGAGACUACCAUGUUUUGUCGUUAGCAGAACAAUGUGUGAGAUACAUCAAUAGGAAGUCAAUUCCUUGGAGAGAAUAUGCAAACACCUUAUCUGAAUCGUGUCUUAAAAGGUUGAGAGAAAGCCCUGGUUAUUUCUAUAUCAGAAAGCAGGACAACCUGACAAAGAAGUUCUCUACAAGAAAAAGACCAAUGAUCCAAGAAAUGAAGUAUUGGCUAUCACCCACUACUCUUAUUGUCUGUCCUGAUAAUUUGUUCCCUCAAUGGGUUGGUGAGAUAAACAAACAUGUUAAAAAAGGAACAAUAUCUGUCCUUGAAAAUCCAUCAAUCGAGUCUCAUUUGCCUCCUGCCAGACAGCUUAUUCAGUACGACAUCAUCUUGUUCACCACAUCCUCAUUUGCAUCAGAAUCUCAAAAUCCAGACUCACCUCUGAGGAAGGUAUGUUGGAAAAGACUGAUAAUUGAUGAAGGACACAGCAUGAAUCAACGGUCCACUAGAGUAGUUGAGUUCUCUUGCGACCUUUUAGUUGAAAGACGGUGGGCAGUUACCGGAACUCCAACUGCUGGUAUGACAACACUUUACAUGAAUGAAAAUAGUGAAGUGAAUGCUGAAAGCUAUGUGGUCAAGCGAACCUUUGAUGCUAAAGAUGAUCUCAAAAGAUUUGGAUACAUGGUUGGAAACUUCUUUCGAAUUGAGCCCUGGAAAUCGAACCGUCAACUCUGGCGUAAAUCGAUUAUUGAUCCCUUCAUUAAAGAUAGUUGUGGUGCAACUCUUGCUCUCCGCUCGCUCAUUGAUAACCUUGUUGUCCGCCAUUCCCCAGAACAGAUUGAAAAUGAUGUGACCCUUCCACCACUAUUCCAUGAACCUGUAUUUUUGACUCCUUCAACGCAUAACAAGCUCUCCAUCAAUCUGUUCACUGCAGUUUUGGCAAUAAAUGCCGUGAGUUCUGAAAGGGAAGAUCAAGAUUACAUGUUCCACCCUUCCAGUAAGAAUGAUCUCAGACGUUUGGUGACGAACCUUCAAAGGGCAACGUUCUACUGGACUGGCUUCUCCGUUGAUGACUUAGAAACAAUGGUGAAAAUCUCCUAUAGUUGUCUUGAGAAGAAGAACUCAGAAGGAAGAACAUAUUAUAAUGAAAACGACAUUAGACUGUUACAAAUGUCCAUUAAAACAUGCCAGCAAGCGUUAUCUGACACAAUUUGGAGAACAGCUUCGACAAUACACGAAAUGGGAUAUUAUAUUGGGGGUCUAAAUGAUUUGUUUGCAGAAUAUUUCAGUAUUGGACAUUAUGAUCACGAUGUUGUGGCUCUUGGAGCACCACAGAUCUAUGCGAUGCAAAGGUUUUACUUCAAACACCGAUUCAUGAAUUAUGAAGGGAAUUUUGGUGACAAAGUCAUAGCGUUUGGUGAGGAAUUCUGGAAUAGUUACUGGAGAAAUGUUGUUAGGAAGAACACACAACGUGUGAAAAAGAAUGAUGGCCAACCUAUUGAUACAAACGCUGUUGAUAGAGAGAUUGUUCUACAGGUGAAAGCAUCUUCAAAGACGUCUCCGUCUUCCAAAAAGAUUUACGAUGACGUUGAAAUUCUAAAGGGUAGCACUGGACGAAUUAGCCAGGAUAAAGAAGCCAUAACUGAUCCUACAUCAAGCUUCCAAUCUACAAAGAAUGCGUGUCUUCUCGGUUCAUCUUCUGCAAAGCUCUCAUAUCUGGUCUCCCGUUUACUUGAGCAUCAAUGUACAGGUAUCAAGAGCAUUGUGUUUUUCGAAUUUGAAGAUAGUGCGUACUAUCUUUCAGAGGCUUUGGAUAUCUUAGGCAUUGAUUACACCCUUUAUGCAACUUCAGUGCCCAAGAAGGAUAGACCUUCAAAGAUUGAUUUCUUUACCCAGGCUACCACAGCUCAUGUUCUACUUAUGGACUUAAAGCUAGCAUCACAUGGUCUCACAAUUACAUGUGCUACUAGAGCCUAUUUUAUAAAUCCAGUUUGGAGUCGCUCUGUUGAAGCACAGGCGAUCAAAAGAGCUCACAGAAUAGGGCAGACACAACCUGUUCAUGUUGAAACGUUAAUCUUGAAAGGGUCUUUGGAGGAGGAAAUGUUUAAGCUGCGAUCUCGACAUGAGGACUCUACACAAGUGGUUGCCGAUGAUGAUGUUAUCCGAAGGUUCAUAUCUAGGUUUGAUUUCUUGAACUUGAGUAAAGAUAUCGCUCCAUAUUGCAAGUUUAGUUCA